GCGACAAACCGGGGUCUGAGCGCGCGGGAAACUAACUUUGUUUAGAAUUUCUGUGGAUCGGGAAAAGUACAGGAAGGGGUAGAGAGAGCUCUUCAACUGGGCAAAACAGAAUGAAGGUUAUCACUUGUGAAAUAGCAUGGCAUAAUAAAGAACCUGUAUACAGCAUUGACUUCCAGCAUGGAGCUGAUGGGAAAAUCAACCGGUUGGCGACUGCAGGUGUGGACACCACAGUUCGGAUGUGGAAGAUUGAAAAGGGACCCGAUGGAAAGGCCAUUGUGGAGUUCCUGUCUAACCUGGCCCGCCACUCGAAAGCUGUGAAUGUGGUGCGGUUUUCCCCUAACUCUGAGCUCCUGGCAUCUGGAGGGGAUGAUGCUGCAAUUUUGCUAUGGAAGCUCAAUGACAGCAAGGAACCAGAGCAGCCAGCCUUCCAAGAGGAUGAAGAUGCUCAGCUUAACAAAGAAUACUGGACUGUUGUCAAAACAUUGCGCGGUCACAUAGAAGAUGUGUAUGAUAUUUCUUGGACAGCUGAUGGGAACUUCAUGGUCUCUGGAUCUGUGGACAAUACUGCAAUUAUGUGGGAUGUCAAUAAAGGACAGAAAAUGACUGUUUUUAAUGAGCACAAGAGCUAUGUGCAGGGAGUUACCUGGGACCCACUGGGACAGUACAUCACCACCCUCAGCUGUGACAGGGUAAUGAGGGUUUACAGCACACAGACCAGAAAAAAAACCUACAGUGUCAGUAAGAUGUUAUCUGCGGCAGUGACAGGAGGAGAGGUGAGAAAUUAUCGAAUGUUCCACGAUGACAGCAUGAGGUCUUUCUUCCGUAGACUCACUUUCACACCAGAUGGGUCCUUGCUUCUCGUCCCAGCUGGGUGUGUUGAAGCAGGAGAAAAUGUCACAAACACAACAUAUGUUUUCUCAAGGAAAAACUUGAAAAGGCCUAUAGCUCACCUUCCGUGCCCUGCCAAGGCAACUCUGGCUGUACGCUGCUGUCCUGUCUUCUUUGAACUGAGAUCAUCCUUCAACAAAGAUGAUUCCUCACAGAAACAGUCUAAUAUUUUUAACCUGCCCUAUCGACUGGUGUUUGCAGUUGCUUCUGAAGAUUCAGUGUUCCUGUACGAUACUCAGCAAUCUAUCCCCUUUGGUUACAUUUCAAAUAUCCACUAUCACACACUGAGUGACGUCACCUGGUCAAAGGAUGGUUCCUUCCUGGCUGUGUCCUCCACAGACGGGUACUGUUCCUUUGUAACAUUUGAAAAUGGAGAGCUGGGAACCCCUUUGAAACAGAAGCCUGUAUUUGAAAUGCAGACCCCAGGUGCAGCAGUGGAGAAAAAGAUAAAGAAAGUACAGAGGACCGCAUCACCAGUGCCUAGGUCAGUGGAAGCCAGCCCAGCGAGUGGCAGGAACAGCGAUAUUGGUGCUGUCAGCCCCUUGCUGGAGGGGACUCCAUCCAGAACUGUGCCAGGGAAGGAGACCCCCUCCACCCCUCUCAGCACCAGGGCAAUCCCAAGCACUCCUGCUUCUAAAGACAUGAAGCCCCUGAGUGGCAAAGGCAGCCAGCCUCGCAGGAUCACUCUCAACACACUAGAGGCCUGGAGCAAACCUAGCACUCCAACAGGACCCACACCCAGAAGAAUAGCAUUGACCCCUGUUGCAUCUCCAGUGCUGUCUAAUACCGUGAUUUCUACACCACCUUCUACAGAAAAGGCAAAACAUGAGAGACCGUCCCCACCAGCUGAUCUGCUCUGCAAGCCUCCAGAGCCGAAGAGGCCCAAGACAGAGGAGUCCCAGGUCUGUGGGACCCCCGACCGACACCACGCUGACCGCAGCAAGAACACCAUGCAGCGACAACCCCCCAAGGAUCCCGAAACCAAGUGAACUGUCAAAGCACAGACUCUAGCUAGUUUCUUAUACUGAGACUCAAACAUGUACUUUGCACUUCCUUGUACAGGUUGCUAAAACUUGUUAAUUACAACAACAAAAAAGAAAGAAAAACAGAACUCUUCACUUGAAAUGCUGUCACCUGGCCCUUUUUUUUUUGUUCUUUUUGGGGGAAUUAUUUUAAAUCAUAAGGUAACAUGUUUGCUCUUAAGGUUUUUAAUGUCCAACUUUGUAUAAAAUACGUAUUGGGGGUGUUAUUUUGUAUGGUUUCUUUCAAUCUUAAGUAUUGUAGCUGUCUGAAAUAAUAUGCUGCUGUUUGGGGCCUUGCUGCUAACAGCACAUUUUGGAUAUUUUGAAAAACAAGACAAACUUGCAGUUUACAAAUAAAAGAAAAUUGUAUAUAACUUGUGAGAAAAGACAGGGAUUUUAAACUUUUAUAUUCUGAGGACAAUGGUUUAAAAUGUCUUUGUCUUGGAUUAUGCUUUUUUUCCCCCUUCAUAUAAAACUAUUAACACUUGCAGUUUUUGUGGAUUUUAUGAAUGAGACUGCAGUUGCACAAUGGCAUCUCUAGUAUGUAGCUGAAAAUGACUGUGACACCCCGUAUUCAGUUGUGACAUGGUGGGAGGUGGGGCAGGGAUUGCUCCAAAUUGGCAAAAGAUUUUGGUAAGAACCUAAAGAAAACGUUUGGCUGAAGUUGAUGAAGGUAAGCAUGUGUACAAAACGUUUGCAGCAGUGCCUUUAUUUCAUGUACCUUUCUUAUUGAAAGACAAUAGGGGGUAUUUGUAGGCAUGAUUUUAUAUAUAGUGCAAUUGUCUGCUGGAUUUGCGAUGAGUAAUCGGCCACAUCCAUAUUCAAUUCCAUUCUCAAGCUUUAUGUAAUCCAAUAACAGGUACAAUAAAUUCACAAACACAGUGUUUUUUUUUUUUUUUUUUUUGAAAAUGGUGUAAUUUAUAAAUGCUUGUUAAUAUCUAGUAAAAGUCACAGCAUACACAGUUAUAUGUUUAGUGUGUAGUGAUCAGGGGGUCAUUAUAUAAUCCAUUAUUUGUUUUUUAGUACCAUUGUCAUUACAGUUCCAGUAGUUUUUUGUGCAGCAGGAAGUGCUGCAGAGGGAUGCUCUUUAUAUUGAAAUGUUGCAGCUGCACACUGCCCAGGAGAGCAAUGGAUGAGACUCAGAGCAUACUAUGAAAGUCUUAACACAUCACACAAAUAACUUCAAGUGUAUGUAUUUUUUCUUAGUAAGUGGAAAACAAAAUGGUAUUUAAAUAGCAGAUAAGUACAAACAGUGCCUUGCAAAAGUAUUCAGACCC